AUGCUUCUUCUCCAUCACUUACAGCAUUGUGGCUUCAAUUUCCUAUUCCUCUCUGAUUCACUUUUUACGACAGAAUCGCUGCUAGCCAUCGAAGCUUCUACGUCGUGGUUUCAUCAUCUCAAUGAUUCUGUUUGGCUUCUUCUUGUGACUCAGUUCCGAUCUCGACCUUCGUCUUCUCUUGCUUCUGAUCGAUUCUCAGCCUUAACAAAGCUCAGAUACGCCUCGCCCUAUCACUGCCAUGGUUCAUAUCAUCUUCUUCAAAGAUUUACUGAAUUUGGCACACAUGCGAACCAAACGAUGGUUGUUUCGAUAUAUGAGAAUGGUUGA